CAGUGGCAGGGACGCGAUAGCGUCACGUGAUGGACUUGCGACUAGGGGGACUCAACGUCACAGUUGUAGAUGUGCAGGAGACUCCACGAGCUUUGGGUUAUUGUGGAAGACGUGCACAGCCUGUGCGACAAACGGUCAUUGGUCCAUCUCUAGAAUGGCCCCUUAUAAAUACAAGAAUUUGGAAGAUUCAAUACAAAAAAUUUUGAAAGGGACUGUGACACUUACUGAUGAAGAAAAGAAGAGAUACAAUAAAUAUCUGAAAGAGAUUUUUGAUGUGCUGGAAAAUGAAAUGAAGAAAGACCCAGCUUUUAAUGCACUUUUUCGACAGAAACAGUAUGUUGGAAGCUUUUAUGAAAAUAUGAAAAUUGAUAUGCCUGAUGAAUUUGAUAUUAAUUUUGAAUUGUGUCUUCCAUCAUACAUUGGCUUUGUGGAGGUUUGUAGCAGUGAACACCCUGGUUUCUGUCAGCUCCGACUGCUUGAAAACACGUCAUCAGUGCCUGACACACGAAAGGCAGAAGCCAAAAAGCAAGUGAAGAAAUGGACAGAUGCUGAAGGGUUUUUCUCAAGAUAUAAAGUGAAUCAGUGGAUGCAAAGUGUUGUUGACAAAGCAUUAAGAGCAUAUGAGCAAAAUUAUAACCAAAAGAUAUAUAAGUUCAACAGAUCAACUUCAGGACCUGCUGUCACUCUAACUGUAACACUUAUCAAACACCCUGAACUACGAUUAUCACUUGAUUUCGUUCCUGUUUUUGUAUUUGAAUACUGGCCAACUGUAGAAAAUUUGCGUGAAUGGACACCAGAAAUGAAAGUAGAGAAGUGGUAUGCAGUUCCCAAAUCCAUUAGCAAUGAUAAAGAUUUCCGAUUAUCUUUCUGGCACCAGGAGAAAUAUCUGCUUCUUGGCACAGAUCAAAUGAAGUCUGUACUAAAACUGAUUAAGAAACUUAGAGAUGAUCAACAGUGGAAAGGAUUUUCAAGCUAUUAUAUAAAGACAAUGUUUUUAUGGAAGACUGCUGCCAAUAGUAGAUAUUACUGGCGUAAAGGUUUGGGUGCUACUUUUAUUGAGAUGCUUAAUGAUUUCAAGGACUAUUUGCUGAAACAAAAUGCUCUUCCAUUUUUUUGGAUAGAGGAAAAUGAUCUGUUGUCACAGUUAAAUCCAUAUGAGAAACAAAACAUAGGAGGAUAUCUUCAUCAUAUGCUUAAAGAUAUUGAGAGGAACCUUGACAAACCAGGACAUCUAGAAAAUUAUUUCAAACUUCGUGAGAGGGUGCGCCCCUUUGAAGAAGACUCCGAUGAUGAAAUAAUCUGGAAUGACUCUGUUGAGGAAGUCAACUGGAACCCGGCCAUAGCAUCUAGGGUUAUCAACCAGGAUUCUUCAUUACUUACUCGCCCACAGGAAGAUAAUUUUGGAACUGUUGCAGCAUUAGCUGUUGGAGCAGCAGCACUUUUUGCAGUAGGACUAUUUGCACAUAUAUUAGGGGAUAGUAGAAGAGCCCGAGAAUGAAUGGGGGAAAAAAAGGCUACUAGUCUUAUUCACUUAAUAGUUUUUUUCUACCUCUGUUUAAUGUUCUAAAUUAACACAAUUUUUCAGCUAUGUUUUACAAUCACUAUCUCCUUUUAGUAAUGCUUGUGCCAUGAUAAUGUUAUUUAGAAAAUCCUGAUUAAAGAUUCUUUAAAAUGUGCAUACAGAGAGUAUUCCGUGUAAUUCAUUAAAUCUUUCUCACACUAAAUUAUUUUCAUAG